CAGUGAGCGCCUGGCGGGGCGGGCGCGCCCCUCCCUCUCUUCUUCCUUCCCUCCCUCUCUCCGCCCGCCUCGAGGGCGGGAGGGAAGCGGCAGCCCAGAGCGGGAGGCGAGGGAGGCGGCGCGCCGGGAGCCAUGCGGGAGUACAAGGUGGUGGUGCUGGGCUCGGGUGGCGUGGGCAAGUCCGCCCUCACCGUCCAGUUCGUGACGGGUUCCUUCAUCGAGAAGUAUGACCCCACCAUUGAGGACUUCUACCGCAAGGAGAUCGAGGUGGACUCCUCGCCGUCGGUGCUGGAGAUCCUGGACACGGCGGGCACCGAGCAGUUCGCCUCCAUGCGGGACCUCUACAUCAAGAACGGGCAGGGCUUCAUCCUGGUCUACAGUCUGGUGAACCAGCAAAGCUUCCAGGACAUCAAGCCCAUGCGGGACCAGAUCAUCCGGGUGAAGAGGUACGAGAGGGUGCCUAUGAUCCUGGUGGGCAACAAGGUGGACCUGGAGGGCGAGCGGGAGGUCUCCUUCGGGGAGGGCAAAGCCCUUGCAGAGGAGUGGAGCUGCCCCUUCAUGGAGACCUCGGCCAAAAACAAAGCCUCGGUGGACGAGCUCUUCGCGGAGAUCGUCAGGCAGAUGAACUACGCCUCGCAGCCCAACGGGGACGAGCAGUGCUGCUCCUCCUGCGCCAUCCUCUGAGGGCGGCGGCGGGCCGGGGCUCGGCGGGAGCGGCCCCGCGGGCGGGCGCGCUGCCCUCGGCGGCCGCCGACACCGAACGCACUCAAAACACAAACAAAAAAACCCGGAAAAAAAAAAUCGUGUUGGAAAUGUGGCUUUUUUCGGCAUGUACGUUUCGUCCAGUCCUGGUCGUGGCAUAUCUCCCGUCGGUGUCUCCGCGGCGUGCUGCCCCGCGCUGUGGCACCGGGAGGACGGCGCCGGCGAGGAGCGGCCCCGGCCUGCGUGGGGAGCGGGACCCGUGCGGACCCCUCUUUCCCCGCCCCGCCGGUGCGAGGAUCGCUAUGCAAAGUUGCAAAGUCGGGGGUUGUGCCGGGGCGCCCGGCCCGGGGCGUUGCACGUCUGACCCGGGACGAACUCGGACCCUCCGGCAGCCCGGCGCGGGGUGCUGGGGAGCGCCUGCGACGAGCCGUGGGAUACCUUCCUAUUCUGUUUACCUGCUGUAUCGGAUGGGAGUUUGCAGGAGAGUGGUAGCUUGUUGGGUUUUCCCUGGGUUUUGUUUUGUUUUUUAAAAUCAGCUGUGAAAAUGUUACAAAUCUGCACAAUUUUUUAGGUGUGCGUGUGUGUGUGAUUUCGUUUUUAUUUUGAUUUUCCUUUUGGCGGGUGGGAGCGGUGGUUUUUGUGGUUUUUCUUCCGAAGGUUUUUCUUUUUAGGUUGGCAAUAACUGAUUUUGAUGACUAGCUCUCUAAAGUGCAAAGACUUCCUAUAUGUGAUGCAGGGCCAACAGCAACCCUGUGUCUAUAGAGUGCCUUCAAAACUCAGCUGUUCCAGCCGGUGCCAACCUGUGAAAGCUCCACAGAAUCCCAUUAUCUACUACUCCAAAAACUACUUAACAGUUUUCUUGCAGUAAUCAUACCGAACAAACCAGGACAAUAGGGCCUAUUGUCGGUGGAAUUUAUUUCUUAUUUCCAUCUGAGCCUUUUAACUGUUAUUUCCAUGUCUUGCAAGUUCGGGCUUCAUUUACUUCAAAUUUACAAGAAUUUAGCCUUUUGGGAUUUUGGGGGGGGAGGAGGGCUUUUUUGUUUUCCUUCCCCCCCCUUUGAUUUUGUUGUGGAAUGUACCUCCAGCCAGCAAAGAAGGAAAUCUUAACAUUGUGAUGUACCAAGAAAAUUCUAACAACUGUCAUUCUAAUUCCAGACAUGCAUUUAAGAGAUGUCUAUCCGUUUUAAGAAUUUUAAUACAGAUGCUGUUUUUUAGAAAACAAAUUUGUGCGCUUUUAUGUAUUACAUGAAACACUAACUUUCACAUAGGCUGUUAAUCCUGGUUUGUAUCUUAAUAGAAGUAAAACUGGGGGGGGCUCGAUUUAGUUAAGGAUGGUGUUUAAAAAAAAAAAACAAACCAACAACAAAAACAAAAACAAAAAACAAAACCCACAAGAUUGCUGUUUUACCUAAUAUUACAGUUUUUCAUUUGUGUUUAGGUCCUGACCCGAUGUGAUGGCAGCAUGAGUGGAAGGCUGCAUUCAGUAGGCAGCUUUAGGAAUGUAGUGUAGCUUUAAUGCUAAGGCCUUGUCAGAUUAGGCCCUUAUUCCUUACUGGGAACAGCAUUUAUUGUGUUUAUAGAGGUAAAAUUCUAAAAGUCAAUUAGUUAUAAAAUUUAAGCUUCUAAUGUCUUUAAAAUUAUGCAUCAGACCAAUAUCUCUUUCCUGGUUUGCAGAGAGGUUGGGGUGGAAGAAGACCUGCACCUUUUGUAAUUUGGAAGAUCUAAGGAGUUUGUUUAAGUCCAUUAUCUUCCUCUCAGCCCCUUCUUUAAAGAUUAGCACACAAAACCUGCAAGUCUCUCUUUUUUUCUUUAUUUUUUUUUUUAACCCCCUAUCCCAAGAAGACUUGAAAUUAUCUUACAAUAUGAAAACAAAAGUUGAGCAGUGAUGUGUAAAGGAGUUUUUAAUCAGGCCAAUUGAAAACUAACUGCCAUGAUUCCUGCUGUGAAUCUGAUAAUUUCUAUUCUAAGUAGGAAAUCUUUUUGCUUCAGCACUGGAAGAACAGUGUUUAGUAUUAGUUUAAUUCUACGUAUUGAAAUCCCAGUGAUUUAAAUGAAAAUUCUAAUCUUGUGUUUUAGCUAAAAACUGGAUACUUAUUUUAGCAACAUCCAGUACCUACUGAAAUUUUGGAAAAGAGUGUAUAUUUAAGUAUUGAACAUGUCAUAGAAUCAUAGAAUGGCUAGGGUUGGAAAGGACCUUAAGAUCAUCUAGUUCCAACCCCCCUGCCAUGGGGGUCUCUUCUACUGGACUCACAUGUUUCUCUCAAAACAGCAAGGACCUGUUCUGAUACAGUUAGCCAGGUUGUAUCAGUCAGACUGAUACAAUCAAAGUUAAACCCAGAGAUUUGGAGCAGACAGUCCCUCAACUUGUGUUUGGGCCUUGGUAUAAUAGACAAAUUAAACCAACCCGCCCCCCUCCCCUUAAGUGAAAACUGAAAACCUCUUUGCAGCUUAUCUUCCAGAAAUCUUUAAAAAUGAAUUAGAAGCCAGCUCCUCCAAGACUUCCAUGUUAGAAUGGCAGGGGGGUAAUGCUUAUUAUUAGUAGGGGUUUCUUUUAACACAAAUACUGCAUUGAAAACUAAGAAAACUUGACUGCCACCAUGUCUGCAGUUUAAAAAGCUUCAUAUCUGAAGUUUAAAAAAAAAGAAAUGCCGUAAAUUUACAUCUCAGCUAUUGCUAUGUUUCGAUUUUGCCUUAAAUUCAGUGAGAUUAUAGAGUUUUUUAGCACCCAACUGGCCUUGCUCUAGAUCAGUGUAUUGAAAGCAACUUGUUCUGCUUAAUAAAAACAGGUAUUUAUUCUGUUCUCCCCUUCAGACAACAGAUUCUUCAUGUUUCCUAGUGUCUUCUAUUUCCCUACUGCCUGUGUUGUGACUGAAGAAUAAUGCAAAAAUGGGUGUCUGUGGCACACAGCGGCACAUAAAGUCCAGUUUUUCUCAGCCUAGCAGAGCAGCUGAAGCCAGCCUAGUAAAUUCUGGGUUAUGCUAGGCUUUUCUGUAGAUACAUUCUAUUUCUUGCCAAAAAGGCGUGUUCAUUAAACAGUGAAGCAUUUGAGAAACCAUGGCAUGGGUCUAGUCAAGAGUCUUGAAUGUAUUUAGGUGUUCAAUGUUCUCUAUGACUUGGUGAGGACAGUACAAAAAGUAAAGCUCAGUAGUCUGAUCUUCCAAAUACUCUGAAGUGUUUUGGUGCUUGUUAAACAUAGGCCUUGUCUAUAAAGUAGAAAAAAGUCAUACUGCUUUAACUUGACCGAAUAAUGAAAGCUAUAUUAGCUUCUACACUUGAGGAAAAUGUUGUAUCAAUAUAAAGGUACUCUUUUAUUCCUUUUCCCUGUGGGAAUAUGUUAUAUCCGUGUCAAUACAAAGGUGGUAUAUAGCUCUUUUCACAGUGAGAAUUGCAAAUAUUUAAUUGAUUUGGAAGAAAAAAUACAUUCCCAGCCAAAAUACUUCCUGACAGUGCAGAAAAUGUGUAAACAAGGCCUUAGUUUAAGGCUGGUCUCAUGGCCGCAUAUUUUGCUGUACAUAAUGAUUGUAUUUUUUAAAAUCCAAGCUUGUUCUAUUGCAAGAAAGUGUGUCUUUGAAAUCCUAGUCUCUGUGAUUGUAACUGUGCAGUAUUCUUGACCUCCUUUUCAAUACAAGUGUGGUUCUUCUCAACACGAUGCUCAGGCUUUAUUGAUGUUUAUGGUUCUGGAGAUGUUGAAUUAUGUGGCUGUGGGGUUCCUGAUGGUUCUGCUUCUCUCAAAAGAAUGUACAGCAAGUUUUUUGGGCAUUUUAAAUAAAGGGCAGCUGGCUCUUUAUGACUUCUUCAUUUGGAUACUCAUUGCGUGCAGGUGUUGUCAGUAUCAGAUUUCCUCAGGAGUGACAAAAUGCAGAAACUUCCAUGUUCUUUAAGAAUUUCUACAAAAAGGAGUGGCAUAUGUGUUCUUCUCCCAUUCAAAUCAAUGGGCAACUUCCAUGACUGUAAAUGGUAAAUGUUUGGAACUCUCCUGUUAGAAGCUAUCACACUCUCCAGGUUUGUAUAGCACACAACCUAGAUGCUCUUCUUUGUGGACCCUCAGUGUAUCUUUAGGAGCUACUGUUUGGAGUGCCCAUUCACGUUAUGGUGAGAUUUGAGACUUGCUGUAGAAGCAAGUAUGUGCAUGAGCUCUGUUCAAAGGUGAAAUAGUUUUAAGUUAUCUUUAUAGUUUAUAGCCCCAUGCAAAAUAUGUAUGUCAAAAAGAUUCUCCUUCCUGUCAUACUGUUAUAGCACCGUGUUCUAGAACCUCAUUUUUGUAGGAAUCUAACAUCUGCUCAACUUCUAAAACGUCUUAUUGGGGCCGACCAUCUUUGGUAAAUGUAUGCAUAGCAGAUAUUUAGUUUAAACAGCUGAAGAUAUUCAAGCGAGUUACAUUGUUGAGAAAUGCAGUGUGUUGCUGGAUGUAUUGGGUUUGAUUUUCUUUUGUUGUGUUGUUUCUUGGUUGUUUUGUUGUUUGGGUUUUUUUUUUUAAUUUGAGUAGACUAAGGAUUUUUUAGUCUGUAAUGAAGAAUCUCACUGUAUUUCCCAAAUAAGAAUUACUCUGUGUGUGUGCGUCUAUUCUGACUUCAGUGGGGUUGGAAUUGAAUUUCUUGCCUUUACCGCAGAUGAUCUCAACCUCCGUGAUCUCAAUUCUGCAUGUAGUCAGUAUCAUGCUGAAGAAAACGCCCAAUGAAACCUGAACUGUUUCACCGAUAAAGGGCUAGAGCAGACAGAUUUACAUGCAGAAAGCUUAAGAACAGCCAUCAAAUUUUCCCUAUUUUAAUUUUUUUGAAGAGUAUGACUGCUCUACAGUCAUACAACACAUCACUUGCUGCUUUACUACUGUUGGUGCUAGAGCACAGUGAUUCAGUAGAUGACAUACUGUGCAUAAGAGAAAUACUAGAUGUAAAUACUUAAUCUGCAACAUCUAACAAGCUCUUAGAUCCUAUAUAAAACACUGCAAAACUAGAAGUCAGUUUACCAGAACUUGUAAGUUGUUCAAAUAAGUUUUAAAAUAUUGGAAGCAGCUGCUCUGUAUUGACUUUAUUUUAUUUUGUCGGUCUCUGGGUCUUUUGGACAUUUGGGCAAAGAGGAGAUUUGAUCAAGAAUACAUAGCUUUGUUUUGAUAAUCUUCAACAGAGAUAUUUUUAGCAAAAGGGUGUCUGACAUGUAAUUUCAGCUUUAAUGAUUUAAACUUCUGCAAAGUUCUUUAAGGGAACAUUAUAAAAAGUGCACCGUUAAUAGCUCUGAUGUCCAGGUAACAGACAGAUCCCAGGUAUUGCUCCUCUGCUUGACUGGCUGAUCAUGAUUGUACAAGACAUGCUGCAGUGACCAGACUACUCAGAAUUACAUUACCUCUUUUUUUUCUUUUGAUACAGUCUUGUUGUCCUGCUGUAUUAUGAUGCUAAGAUGAAAUGGGAUGUUUGAAGUUGUUUUUGAGGAAGGUUGUAAGUGAACUUCUGUGUGAAAAAUGAAUUUAAUUGGAAUUUGUUAGUUUUUUUGUUUCCCUUUCUUUUUUUUGUUUCCCUCCCCACCUACUCACCCCUCACACACACACACACACACACACACACUCCCCUCCCCAUUCCCUAGGUAUUAAUUCCCUGAAUUAGGUAUUGAAAAAAGGUACAGGUCAGCAUUGAUAUCGGUAUUCCCCUACUAGUUUCUCGUUUAUGGGUGUAUUCAUACAAUGCUUUGUUUCUGCAGUGUUACUACUGUUAUCCCAGUUUAAACAAUUAGGAUUAAUACUUACAAAUUCAAUUACUUUGCUAGAGGUAGAAUUAAUUACAGGUAAGGCAGUAAGCACUGAGCUGCGGUUGAAUAUUUGCAUUUGCUCUGUUACUAGUAGGCAAGAUGUUCAGGUGUAGAGCCUGAUGUGGAUACCUGAAAAGUUUUGUUUUAGCUGUUAGAAGCAAUCCACCUAGAAGUGUUCCUGAGAAGCAUGGCUGUUGAUACCCUUGUGAUAGCAUUUGUUCUGAGGGUUGAGGACAGAUGCAAGAAUAAGAUGAUUUGCUGUUGAAUUAACUUGAGCUGUAUCAUUUCCCUGUCUCGCCAAGAGAUUGCAAAACUGGUAGGGUUCCUUCCAGCUAUGGUGUCAGCAGUCCUGACGUGGGGAAGCAUUGUGCUUUCCUGACGGGAGAGAUCAUUUAAGUUCCUUACCAUCUUGCUGCCUGUAAGUAGUUUACUGCAUCCGUGAGAGAGUUAGAAGUUGAAACGAGGGAGCAAGAAGUUUCUGACUUGCAGAGCUGUAACAGGGAUGUCUAGUUUAGCCAUAUACCAAAGCUGUUCCCUGUUCCUGGUUUCCAGCAGAAGCUUUCUAUACCUCAGUUUCUCCAACUCUAUAUUUUGUUGAAAUGUUCAUUUCAGUGCAGAUGAACUGAUUUUGCAUGAGCAUUUGGCUCGAAUUGCAGCAUCAAGGAGGAAGAUCAUGAGAGGGAUUGAGGACAGAAGGAAGGAUGCCAUCACUUAAAAGAGUAUGUGAAUUUUUUUCCCUCUAAGACAAACCUAAAUAUUGAAAGCAAGUUUUUGUAUACUAAGUGACUAGUAGAAGUCUUGGUUUAACCAAGCCUUAAAUCAGAAAAGAUACUUAGAAGCCCUUUAGAGUUGGAGGUAUGGUACUUGAAUGAUUUUAGAGCGUUAUCUUUGUAAUUUUUCACCAGCCUUGGUUUGUUUAAAUGUUCUAAGAAUGAUUUAUUGUUGUGAUAGUUAUCACUAGAAAGAGGAUGCAUUUAAAUAUAAUUUAAUAUUUAUAUUAGCUUAGUACUAUAAGGAUCUCCAUGUUGUAGGGAUUGAUAGACAUGGUAGACAUGAAGUGAAGGUCUGUUUGCUUACUGAAGGUAAAGAAUCAAAAGAUCCAGGCUUCUGCUUUCAAAAAUUAUGAUGAUGCAAACAAGAAUGUUUAAUGUAACUUUUUGAAUUUACAGAUGACUUCUUGUUGCUCAGAAUAAUAGACAGUUAUUUAGAUGGGAGAUGGUUGUCCCUUCUCUUCACUGCUGUGUAACUAGAUGUGCCAUUGCAUUUUUUUGCCUACAGUAAGGGAAAAAACCUGUGUGACCCUUCUGCCAUGAGUGCUUGUCAGACUGGGCUGGCUUCGUGACUUCGUUGCUCACUUGGAGCUCUGGCAUUCUUCCUCUUGUGGGCUACGUGGGGGAGGAGGAGCUCAGAUGAUGCGAUGAUAAUGAAAUGAUUGCUUAUCAAAACCCUGGGAUGGAAGGCUAGCUCUCUGUUGACCUUACAGCAUGCUCCUGUGGCUAAUGUAUAGCGCAGUCAGAGGAUGACAGUUUGGCAUGUUGAGAAAAUUAUGCACAUGUGUUGUAUCCACUCCUGCUUGUCCAGAAAGGUAGUUUGAAAGAUUAAGUCUUCUGCAGGUAUCUCUAAAAUACUUUCUGUAGAUCCAUAACCCAGAUACAUUUUAGAGGUCAAAACAGUGAAUCUUUUUGUGUUUCUUAAGAAAUAUGUAAUGUCACUUCUGUUUAAGUUCCUCUACUGGACUUUAGUUUCUUCCCCUUGCGUGGCACCUCUAAUACAGCAACAAGGUCUGCUUCUUCAGACUCUUGUGAGUGAUCAGAAACUAAAUGCAUGUUCAGUAUUUUCCACAUGUACAACAAAAGUAAGUUUGGGGUGUUAUUGUACAUACCUGUCCAUGACAGUGUAUUAAACGAUAUAUCUCCCCUGCGUUUUUAUGAGAAUAAUAUAAGGGAUCAAGAAGUAGCAGCAUAGGCCUGGUAAAAUACUGGCUAGGUAGGGCAGGAAUCUGCAGUGGAGGACUAUGUUUUGGGCUUAUGGUGUGAGACUGGAAGUAGGACACACAUUCCUAGGUUUUCUAAACACCAGACAUGAUUUGCAUGGAAGGGUAGGAAGCGGCAUGUCUUGCUGAAGGCAGGGGGAGUUCAGGAGAAGAUGGAUUGAAUUUUUCUGUUUCAGGUACAAAGAACAUUGUUCUCUGCAUAUAUGUUGUGGAUUUAAUUUUUUUUUUUCCCUUUAUGGUGCUAAGCAGAUUCGAAAGUGCAAAGAAAGCUUGUGCAAUGAAUGUGUUAUCCACCAAAGAUGAUUUAGAUGUUCUACGUUUAUGUUGAGUUUGAUAGCUUCCCUACACCACUGAUUGCCAAAAUCUCUUUUAAACUGUGUGGAACUUUAUGACGAUGAUGGUUACAACAUGACUCAAUGUAGUUGGGAGCCAUAUGUAUUUAAGGAUGAGAUUAGUGAUAAUUUCAUUCCUUGAAUGAACUACUGUAAUAUUACAUACCUCAAUUUAGUAUUGUGAGUUUGCUGCCAAGUUUACGUGAUGAUUAGCAGAGUUAAGAUGAAAGCAUGCUAACAAAGUACUUGAGCAAUUAAGAGAUCUUGAUUUCUCUUCUUUCUGGAAUACUCUGCCAUGUUCCGGAUUGGCUAUUUUCUGCUGGGUUUCUUGUUUCAGAUGUUGCGUUUGCUUUAGUGUGGGUUUUGCUUUCUCUUUGGUUGUUGGAUCUUUAAUUUUUUCCUUUAAUUAAAGGAAAAAAAAUAGAGAGGAGAUUCACAUUUGAAUUGCUGUAUAGCACAAGCUGCCUGGAUUCCAGAAAUACGUGCCAUGCACUCCACGUAUUUUUGCAAUAAAAAGAAGUUUAAGGAGAACACUAUACACCUAAGGUAUUUCCAAGGCCUGGACUUAGCAGAGAAACAGCUUGAAAAAGCUUGUUUACCAAAGAACUAGGUCAGCCUGGAAGUGAAUUGGAGUGUUCACAGAUACUUAUUCAUUUACAGCAUUACUACACUUUGACCUCUGUAGUGAGAGUGAAAGUUACAGAUUUCUGAGCAUAAAUAUUUAUGCAUAUAUACAAAGUUGUAUCUGGUAUCCUCAAUUUGGGAAACAUCCACAUUUUUCUACUCUUAGCACAAAAAAUGAGGAAUUGGGUGCCUACACUCACCAAGUAUCAGACCAGUAGCGUAGGAACUUAGGUGUUUAUUUAGCCAACUAUAAGCGCCUAAAAAGAGUUUCCUUGAUUCUUCUCAAGCAUUUUUGACCUGGCACAAAUUAAUUUUCAGCAUUGCUAAACCAGAAAAUCACUGUGGUUUUUAAACGUGUGCAGCCUUUUAACAGAUGUAGGGAUAGCAACCUGUCAAACUUGUCUGAAUUGUUUGUGGUCAGUGCUGUCUGCGAAUAAAACUUCUAUCUUGUGUCUUUCCUCUGUAUUUCUUGUGAUAAGGAAAUGAAAACCAAACCUGUCGACUGAAAUACUGAGAAGUUCAAGGAUAGGUAUUCUUGGAUUCUUUAUGGACUUUAUGAUAGAUUGGAAUUGCUCAGUGUGCAUCUGGUUGCAGUUUGUUUCAGGUGUUUGUGAGACACUGACAUCCUUCAUCAUCACUCAGGGUUUUCCAGUGCUUAGAGUAGUUAACAGAAAUUAAUUGAUGGGUAACUGGAGUUCAUUUGCCAAGUGUGUUUGUGCAUACUAACAUGAAGACAUAAACUGUAUUAUUCCAGGAUGUAAACAAACUC